AUGAAUUUUGAUUUUACAACCUGCGAGUCUAUUAGGAUGUCACAAUCUGUUGAUAAAACUGGUUUGAGAACUUUGGCUGUUGUUACAAAAGCUGACAGAUCUCCUGACGGUUUAUUGGAGAAGGUUACUGCAGAUGAUGUUAGCAUAGGUCUUGGUUAUGUUUGCGUAAGGAAUCGAAUUGGCGACGAGUCUUAUGAAGAGGCCAGAGUUGAAGAGCAGAAGCUGUUUGAGUCUCAUGCACUGCUUUCCAAAAUAGACAAGUCUAUUGUUGGAAUUCCUGUUCUUGCUCAGAAACUUGUUCAUGUCCAAGCUAUGAUUAUAUCGAAAACAUUGCCGGAUAUUGUAAAGAAGAUUAAUGAUAAGCUUGAUAAUAGUUUAAAGGAGUUGGAAGUUUUGCCUGCUAAUCUGUCUUCUUCGGCUGAUGCUAUGUCUGCUUUUAUGCAAAUUGUUUCUCUUUCAAGAGAUUCUCUUAGAAAGAUUCUUUUGACAGGUGACUUUGAAGAAUAUCCUGAUGAAAGCCAAAUGCAUUGCACUGCUCGGUUAGUCGAUAUGCUCAAUUCAUAUGCAAGUGAGCUUCAAAACUGUCCUGAAAGUAAUGCUACCAGAGAUUUUCUUAAGGAUGAGAUCAAAGUUCUUGAGGAAGCCAAGUUUAUUAGUCUUCCGAAUUUCAUGCCAAGAACUGCAUUUCGUACAUUACUUCAGAGGAAAGUAAGGGGUAUUUCGCAUAUGCCAACUAAUUUUGUUGACAGUGUUUGGAGUUAUAUGGAAACUGUUGUUAUAUCGGUUUUGAAUCGUCACUCUGCAAACUAUUACCAGUUGCAGGUUUCUACACGUCGGGCUGCAGAGCAUCUUAUUGCUAAGAAGAAGAAGAGCUCCCUUCAACAUGUGAUCAAAGUUCUUGAGAUGGAAAAUCACACAGACUACACUUGUAAUCCAGAGUACUUGCAGGAAUAUAACAAGUUGAUGUCAGAGAGAGAAGAAUUUUUGGAGGAAGUUUUGGAUGAUGAUAACAUAAUUUUUAAAAUGAAUCUUAAAGGGGUUGGUGGCAUAAAUUUUUAUCAUCUUAGAAACUAUGAUAUUAAUGUUUUGAGUCAGGCCUUUGACUUGAAAGCAAGAUUAAUUGCCUAUUGGAAGAUUGUGCUGAGGAGGCUCAUUGAUGUUAUUGCUUUGCAUUUGAUGCUUAGCAUCAAUGAACUUGUGAAUGUGGAUUUGCAGAAGGAGAUAUGUAAUGAAGUUGGUGGCAGUAUUGAGAGCCUACUUGAGGAAUCUCCAUCUAUUUCUGGCAAGAGAGAAAAGCUAAGCAGGAGUGUGAAAGUUCUGAGGGAAAGCAAAGAGACUGUGGCUAAAAUUAUGGACAGCAUUGGAGUAUAUGGUGAUAAGUGAUAGCGUUGUUCAGUGUUUCUAAA